AUGUGUGUAGAUUUCACCGACCUCAACAAGGCCUGCCCCAAAGAUUGCUAUCCUCUGCCGAGGAUAGACGCCCUCGUCGACUCGGCGAUGGGGUAUGUAGUCCUCUGCUUCCUAGAUGCCUUCAAAAGGUAUCAUCAAAUAGGAAUGAGUGAGGAGGACCAAGAGAAAACGGCGUUCUACACCGACCGAGGUACUUAUUGUUACACUACCAUGCCCUUCGGGCUAAAGAACGCCGGGGCGACCUACCAAAGGCUGAUCAACCGACUCUUCAAGAAUCAGAUCGGCCGCAAUGUGGAGGCCUAUGUGGAUGAUAUCCUCGUCAAAAGUCUCGCCACUUCAUCCUUUCUGUCAGACGUGAGGGAAGUCUUUGGUGUCCUGCGAGACUCGAGGAUGAAGUUGAAUCCCAAGAAGUGCGUCUUCGGCGUCACCUCGGGAAAAUUCUUGGGAUAUCUGGUUUCCCACCGGGGAAUCGAGGCCAACCCCGACAAGGUCAAGGCCAUUCAGGACAUGUCCCCACCUCGGAACGUCCGAGAAGUCCAACGGCUGAAUGGACGCCUGGCCGCGCUGAAUCGCUUUCUGUCCCAAUCAGCUGAGAAAGCUCUGCCCUUCUUUAAGGUGCUCAAGAAGGCUGAUCAGUUUGCCUGGACAGAAGAGUGCCAGGCUGCUUUCGACAAGCUGAAGCAAUACCUCCAUCACCUACCCACUCUCGCUUCACCUCGGCCUAAGGAGAAGCUCUACCUCUACCUCUCCGCAGCCGACGAGGCUGUCAGCGCUGUUCUUAUCCGGGAUGAGGGCACCCAAGUGCCAGUCUACUACGUCAGCCGAGCUCUCCGCGGGCCGGAGACUCGAUACACUCAGGUGGAAAAACUGGUGCUGGGGCUAGUCCACGCAGCUCGGCGAUUGAAGCCCUACUUCCUUGCUCAUCCCAUCUCCGUCAGGUCCGACCAGCCCAUUCGGCAAAUAUUGGUGCGACCCGAGGCUUCCGGUUGCCUUACCAAGUGGGCUGUCGAGUUGGGAGAAUAUGACCUGUCAUAUGAGCCCCGCACUGCCAUAAAAGCUCAAGCCCUAGCUGAUUUCCUGGCCGAGCUGACCUUCACGGAAGGUCCAGAGUCCACAUCCGCCAGUGCCGAGGGAGCUGGACUGCUCCUGGAAGGACCUCAGGGGGAAGUGUGCUCUUACGCCCUCCGCUUUGGCUUCCCAGCCACCAAUAAUGAAGCCGAGUACGAGGCCUUAAUUGCUGGACUCCAGCUGGCCCGUAGGCUCGGCGCCCAGCAAAUCCACGUUCGCAGUGACUCCCAACUCGUUGUACGCCAAAUUCUUGGUGAAUACGAGGCCAGGGAUGAGACCAUGCAACUGUACCUCUCCAAAGUUCACCAACUCACCGCGUACUUCGAGUCUUUCGAAAUCCAAAGAAUACCCCGGUCCCAGAAUAAGCGAGCCGACGCCUUAUCCCGGCUGGCUUCCACAUCAUUCUCUGACCUCAACAAAAUAGUCUUGGUGGAAGUCCUGAGUGAACCAGGAUACGUGGAAGAGGUGGCCUGCCCCGUGCACUCUGAAGAAACCUGGAUGACCCCGUUCAUCCUUUUCUUGGGUCAGGGAGCCCUCCCCGAAGACCGAGCCGAGGCGAGAAAAAUACAGCGCAAGGCAGCUCGGUACGCUCUCCGCGAUGGAGAGCUGUACAAACGCUCCUACCUCGGCCCAUGGCUGAGGUGUGUCACUCCCGAGACAGGACGCGACGUCCUCCACGAGAUCCACGAAGGCCUGUGUGGGGCUUACGUCGGCCACAGAAUGCUAGCCAAAAAGGCUUUGCUUCUUGGAUAUUUCUGGCCCUCAGUUCGGCAAGACGCCCAGGACCUCGGGACAGACAUCAUAGGUUCUUUCCCCAGAUCCGUCGGGGGUUAUACCUUCCUGGUAACCGCUGUGGAUUACUUCACCAAGUGGGUUGAGGCCGAGCCUCUGAGGACCAUCACCGGGCUGGCAAUUCAAAAAUUCUUUUGGAAAUGCAUCGUCUGCCGCUUCGGCAUACCUCAGGUCAUCAUCUCGGAUAAUGGAAGGCAAUUUGCCGAGAACCCCUUUAAAACUUGGUGCACAAACCUCGGCAUCAAACAACAUUUCACUUCGGUAGGCCACCCCCAGGCCAACGGUCAAGCAGAAAACUUCAACCGAACUCUCUUGCAUGGCCUCAAGACCCGACUACACCGAGUUGGAACAUCUUGGGUCGAAGAACUCCCCAGUGUCCUGUGGUCUUAUCGGACCACUCCGAGGUCAGCCACGCAAGAGACCCCCUUCUCUUUGACCUACGGAGCCGAGGCUGUCAUCCCUGCCGAGAUCCUUACCCCCAGCCCUCGGCUGGCAGCCUAUGCCGCCGAGGUGAACAACGAAGAGAGACAGCUGGAUCUCGACCUCGUCGAGGAACGAAGGGACCUCACCUCAGCCCGGAUAGCUUCCUACAAGAACACACUGGCACACUAUUACAAUGCCCGCGUCAGACACCGUAGAUUCCAGCCUGGAGACUUGGUUCUUAGAAAAAACUCAGUCAGCCGAGCUGAACCACAAGGGAAAUUAUGCCCGAAAUGGGAAGGCCCUUACCGAGUUGUGGAGUCUGACCUUAAGGGAUAUUGUAAACUGAGUUACCGAGAUGGCUCAUUAGUGCCGAGGUCUUGGCACGCCGAGAACCUCAAAUUGUAUUAUGCUUGA